AUGCAGAGAAGCUUUGAGAUAAAAUAUCUAGCCCCAUCGGCCGACCAAUGGCAUAUUUUUGAAGAUGCCCUAUAUCUUGUGGAUAACGACACACGAUUAAAAUACGACCAGGCACAGUCGCACUGCCAAGAACUCAGAGGCAAUCUCGCCCGGAUAGAUUCCGACGAGAUACAGUCUUUCUUGACAGAUGUCGUUAGUCCAGGCUUCAUACCAACACGAUGUUUCUUUAUUGGUGCUAACGAUAGAGAAGACGAGGGUGAUUUUAAGUGGCAAGACGGGACCCAAGUUCGAUAUGAUGGAUGGUCACCUGGGCAGCCUGACGACACAGAAGGGAACCGAGACUGCGCUUGUCUAUGGUCCUCCAAAAAUCCCAGUAGACAUGGGCAAUGGGAUGAUACCAACUGCUUUAAUCGUAUGAACUUCAUAUGCCAGAAGGGGCUAUAUAAUUUUACACUGACGAGUUCUCGGAGCAAUCCAGGAUCGGGCUAUGUUACCUGCGCUGUCGAUAUCGUAGACGACAACGAAAUACUGCCACCCGAUGACAUCAGAUUGUCAGUUGGAAAAACAUUGGCAUCAACGAGAUUGAUUUCACACUCAUCGACGCGCGUCAUUGGUCAAUUUCGUGACAAUACGUUUGAAAUAGACAAUCUUGAAGAAAACGACAUGAUAUUCUGUCAUGUUGGGAACUUCCCAAGGAACACGACAUCAUUCUCAAGAAUUCAAUUUCUUCCGAUUAACUUUUAUGCUCUACCCGGACUGACGUCCUCUCCAGCUGUGGACGACAUCAGUUCAACCUCCUUUACUGUCACCUGGAGUUCCUGGAUACCAUGUCUUGAUACCGGUGAAGGGCCAGUGGUCAGUUACCUGGUCUACGUACAAACAACGGGUAAGGAAUGGAUUAAUGCUGGUGAGGUCGACUCGGAUGAGGGAGAGGGCGCACUUCAAAGGACAAAGGAGCUAGUGUUGACUGAAUUGGAACCAGGAACUGAAUACAAUAUCAGUGUUUCCGCAGUCAGAGAAGGUGUUGGUGGAGAGGGACCGAGGAGUCCAUUUGUGUCUGUUACGACGAGCAUUGUAAGUGCACGUCGUUCUGCGAUAUUAGAAAACGGGACCCUGCCGUGGAUAUUCUUUGGAGUGUCAAUAGCGGGAAAUGUACUACUAUUGGUCGUCAUCAUUAAAUUAUGCAGGAGACGAAAGAAGGAACCUUUCCAAACAAGAAGUCUUAAAGGUGUACGUACCACUCCAUCAGGCAGCGUGCCCAACGAUCACCAAUAUGAGGUCCCUCGAGCCCGAGGGGACGGCGAGGACCACCUGUACGAAGGGCUUCGGAGAAAAAGUAGUAAAUACAGCGAGGCAGAGGGUUACAUAACCAUGGAUGGUCCAGAAAGAGUCGAGUAUGUUAAUACGAUCAUGUGACAUUUAGGUGCUCUUAUGUACCUUAAAGGAGUUACUUGGUACCUUUUUAAGUCCAUUCUACACCCAGUACUUAAUUUGCAUUUGAGCAAGGAGGCGGGGCUGUUCUGAGGAACAACCAUCGUGAACUGAAAGAAUGCCUCAAAAUAUCAAACUUCUUUUUGUCAAUGACCCAACCAAUUUCUCUUGCGAAUUCAUUUAUAUUGUAUUCUUAUGAGUUCACUUUUAGUUGGAAGUAGGCCUAGAUUGUGACGAAGGCUAAUCCAGGCAGCGGACUAUAGGUAGUCCAAGUUGUGGUGCUUUCCAGUGGAUACUGGAUAAGUGUCCGGAUUGCCAUUCACGAAUUCAGGGCUUAUUAUACGAUUCAGUUUUUGUUUAGGAUACGAACUGCAAACGAACAUGCGAAACACGACACGGUAUAAUUAUAUCCAAGUUGUUUAGUUUAAUCGCAGUAAUGCAGAACUAUCAGGGAAUCUGCAGUAAUCGGU